AUGGAGGGCUCCACGGAGGAAGAGCACAAGGAGAAAUUAUUAUGGACCGUCAAACGGGAGGUGAAGCAGAUUAUGGAAGAAGCCGUCACAAAGAAAUUUGUGCAUGAAGACAGCAGCCACAUCAUCGCUCUCUGCACUGCCAUUGAGGCCUGCCUGAGUCACCUCCUGAAGAGACGUGCAGCCGGCUUCCUCCGAAGUGACAAGAUAGCCGCCCUCUUCACUAAGGUUGGCAAAGUUUAUGACACCGCCGGCGAGGUGUGUCGGAAAGUGCAAGAGCAGCUCCAGCAGCAGGCUGAUCUCACCAGGAGAGCCCAGAGCGUUAGCCAUGAACCUCUGAGAAGACAAGGCUCCUCCACCACCAGCCGGCCCCCUCAGCCUCUCUCUGCCCAGGCCAUCAAACACAUCUGGGUCCGUACGGCUCUCUUUGAGAAAGUUUUGGAUAAGAUAGUCCAGCACAUUGUGGACAACUCCAGUAAAUACUAUGAAAGGGAAGCUCUAAUGCAUGACCCAGUCUUUGGGUCCAUCUUAGCAGCCCUGCUUGUGGGGCCCUGUGCACUGGAGUACACUAAGCUGAAAACUUCAGACCAUUUCUGGACAGACCCUUCAGCCAAUGAGCUUGUUCAGCGCCAUCGUAUCCACGGGGCCCACCGGAGCCUGGAUAUCUCAUCUGGCCGUCGACCAGCGUUGGGGAUCCGUAAGAGGCAGUCCAGCGGGAGCAUGUCAGAAGAUAGGUUUGCAGCAUCUGCAAGAGAGUAUGUGGAGUCUCUUCAUCAAAACUCGAGAACACACCUCCUAUAUGGCAAAAACAACGUCCUGGUGCAACCGAAGAAGGACAUGGAGGUGUUACGGGGCUAUUUGUCACUCCAUCAAGCUGGGGAUAACCUCACGCUAAAGUGGACACCUAACCAGCUCAUCAACGGCACUCUGGGAGACUGUGACCUGGAGAAAAGUAUUUAUUGGGACUAUGCACUGACUGUUCCUCUGCGCCAGAUUGUUUGCAUCCACUGUCACCAACGGCCUGAUUGUGGAGGGAUGCUGGUACUUGUCAGCCAGGAUGGAAUCCAGCGGCCACCUCUGCACUUUCCGCCUGGCGGUCACCUCCUGGCCUUCCUCUCCUGUCUGGAAACUGGACUGCUACCACGAGGUCAACUGGAACCUCCCCUAUGGUCCCAGAAAGGCAAGGGAAAAGUGUUCCCUAAAUUGAGGAAGAGAAGCAGUGCGGCUCGACUCAUGGAGCAGGACCGGAACGGUGAGGAGCAGACUGCAGCUGAUUAUGUCUUUCGUAUCGUCUACCCAGGAUACCGAUAUGAUGCCACAGUCACCAUAAACUACCACCACACCACGGGCAGCCGCGCGCCGUCGCUGGACGACGAUGAGGAAGAGGAAGAUAGACUCCAUGCUAUGAUCUCAAUGAUCUGCUCGCGGAACCUCACAGACCCUAAUGUCCUGAAAGACCAUGGAGAGAUGAUGGAGAUGCAAGGUUUCAGAGGCAGCCCGUCGUCGUGGCAACAGACCGAAGUAACCACUCAGGAGUUACUGUGCCAGUCCUGCUCCACAUCCGGUAGCAACGCAUCAUUCGUCUACCCGGCCGGGUGUACCUGCCUGCAUCAGUCGUCGGAUAUUCACACCAUUCCACUGAAGAUGCUCUGUCAGAACAUGAAGCGGCAGAUCGUCUCCAGAGCCUUCUAUGGAUGGCUUGCAUACUGUCGACACCUGUCCACGGUGCGGACCCACCUGUCAGCUCUGGUCAACCACAACAUCGUACCCCCAGACAGACCAUGUGAAGCAUCUGGAGGACUCAGCAAAGAGGUGUGGAGCAAGUACCAGAAAGACUGCAAGAACUACAAGGAGCUGGAGCUGCUCAGGCUGGUUUAUUAUGGAGGAGUGCAGCAUGAGAUCAGGAAGGAGGUGUGGCCCUUCCUGCUGGGACACUACAGGUUUGGGAUGAGCAAAAAGGACAUGAGCCAGAUUGAUGUGAAGAUCAACGAGCGCUACCAGCAGGUGAUGCGGGAGUGGAAGGCCUGUGAGGUCAUCGUCAAGCAGAGGGAGAAGGAGAUGCAGUCGGCCAUCUUUGCCAAGCUGUCCUCGGGCAGCAGCAUAGACAGCCACGUCCUGAGGCUUGCUCACAGAGACUCCACGCUCAGCAAUGAGGUGUUUAUGUCGGUGGACGAGCCAGAUGCAGGGAGUCAGGAGACCCCUAGUGGAGAGGACAGCACUCCUGUCAUGACCACCCUGGCCCCGCCGGCUGCUGUGCCCCCAGAGGAGCGUCCUCUGGUAGAGUUUGACUCCCCCGACUCAGGUCUCCCUUCCUCCAGGAACUACUCUGUGACUUCUGCUCACUCUCAGAUCCUGUCCAGCAUAGACGACGGUCAGAGCACUGAGGAGGAAGGUGGGGGUAGGGAGGAAGGCAGGACUCCAGUAGGGGGGCGUCAGGACUCUCUAAUUGAGGACAGGCUGUGCAGUCAGCUGGACAAACUGGUGACGAGUGGAGCUGCUGCUGAGGGGAUGUCAGCCUCUCUCUCCUCUUACACAAUCGAGCUUCUGGACACUGUUGCCCUCAACCUUCACAGAAUAGACAAGGACGUGCAGCGCUGUGACCGCAACUAUUAUUACUUCACCACAGCCAACCUGGAGAAACUACGCAACAUCAUGUGCAGCUACGUGUGGGAGCAUUUGGAGAUGGGCUACGUUCAGGGCAUGUGUGACCUGCUCGCGCCGCUCAUGGUCAUACUGGAUGAUGAGAGCCUGGCGUACAGCUGCUUCACACAGCUGAUGAAGAGGAUGAGUCAGAACUUCCCCAAUGGUGGAGCCAUGGACACACACUUUGCCAACAUGAGGUCACUGAUCCAGAUCCUGGACUCGGAGCUGUUUGAGCUGAUGCAGCAGAACGGAGAUUACACUCACUUCUACUUCUGCUACCGCUGGUUCCUGCUGGACUUUAAAAGAGAGCUCCUGUAUGAGGAUGUGUUUGCAGUAUGGGAGGUGAUCUGGGUGGCUCCCAGGAUCUCCUCUCGGCACUUUGUCCUCUUCUUGGCCCUGGCGCUGGUUACGCUUUACCGUGAGAUCAUCAUAGAUAACAAUAUGGACUUCACCGACAUCAUCAAGUUCUUUAAUGAGAUGGCCGAACGUCACGAUGUCCAGCUCAUCUUACGGAUGGCGCGCGAGCUGGUGCACAAAGUCCAGUCUCUGAUGGACAACAAGUAACUGUGUAGAGACAGGAUAAGUGGGAGGGGUGUGGGCAGCCUCGUGCUACAGACACAGUUUGCUGGCCUCCACUCACCCAGAGCGGGCUGCAGGGGCCCCUGGGAGCAGGGCCGCCUGGCUCUGGAGUUCUGUUUACAUGUUCCUUCACAUGGAAUGCCCAUGCUGUCUGUUCAGACAUGUGGAUUUGUCUGCAUGCUAGUGAGUUUAAUCACACUGUGAACGCAUUUUUCAGUCCCCCAGUCUUAGUGUGUGUGCAUGAAAACACACACACACACACACACACACACACACACACACACACACACACACACACACAAUUCCAGCUCUUCUCCAGUUUCCUAGAGUCCCAAUCUUUACGGACCCUGGAACUACACCUGUGGGACAGCCUGUGAGGAAACCUGAAGCGCUGUCUGUUUGCCAAACACCAUCCUCACGCAGUGCCACAGGAGGCCACCAGAGUGCAGGAUUUACACACAUUGUCCGAGGAGCAGAAGACUUUGCCACGAAGAUGCUUUCAUCAGUGACCAAAUGGACUGUGCCAACUACUUUUUCUCGAGUGUUUUAUACAAGCAUGUACGUUUUUAGCUGUUCACCCCAUUUUUUAUGUUUUCUUUUCUUGUCUAAAGUGUCAUUGUAACACAAAUGUUGCCUUUUAUUGACAGCCCAAGGUACUUAGAUGCACUUUUCUCCAAGAGUUUGCUUUGUGAAGGAAACCAAACGUGCAGGAGGCCGGAGGCACUAAGCGACAGUGGAUUAAUUGCAGCCAGUUUUCCGCCACAUGACGGCACAUGUUUGAAGCAUGUGUGGAACAAACCAGAACAGCACAACAGUAAAGAGAAAAGCACACGGGCCUUCUCUGACCUCUAGCAAACUUCUAUCAUCAUCUUUCUGCUGGAGGGG